AUGGCUUCCAGCUCUGACAUCAUAACGCUUGACAACUUUGAGCAGCGACUGCCAAGAUGGGAUCCCGCAGGUCCAAAUCACCUAUAUGCGCUUGUUGAUAUGGGCAGUAAUGGCAUCCGCUUCUCCAUCUCGGACCUGACCCCGCCCCAAACCCGACUCCUCCGGCCCAUAUACCGCGAGCGCGCCGGUAUCUCCCUUUUCGACGCCCUCAAUUCCUCGUCGACUGCCGCCUCUGAGCCGUUAUAUUUUCCUCCCGAAACUAUCACAAAGGUCGCCGAGACAUUGGCCCGUUUCCGCCGCAUUGCCGAUUCCUAUGGCGUCCCUCCCGCCCACUUCUCCGUGCUGGCCACAGAAGCCAUGCGCCGUGCCGCAAAUGCGGCAGAUAUGCUCAAGGCCAUCCGCGAGGCAGCCAACAUUGGUGUUCAUGUGCUCGCUCCGGAGGUUGAGACCCUCUUUGGGGCCGUGAUGGGAUCGCGGUCUGCAUUUGUCGACAUUUCCCGUGGUGGACUGUUCCUCGAUCUUGGCGGCGGAUCAGUGCAGAUGACCUGGGUUGAUACCCGACUACCCGACUAUGAGAUUGCUGCCGCUUUGGCCGGAGAGAGCAUGCCCUUUGGCGCCGCUAGGUUGAUCCGCAUCCUAGAGGGGCAGUCGGAGGAGGUUCAAACACUGGAAAAGGAGAAACUGAACGCAAGCAUGCAGAGCGCCUUCGCUAAGCUAUGUGACAAGUUCCCUGCCCUGGCGCAAGCAAAGGAGGAAUGGGCGGCGGCAGGAGGGGUCGUGAACGGGAUCGUCCCUGGCGGCAUCGACGCCUACCUUUGCGGUGGUGGCUUCAGGGGUUACGGGUGCAUGCUCCAGCAUAACGAUCCAAUUCAGCCGUACCCGAUCCCGUCGGUAGGGACUUACACGGUGACGGGCGAGUUUUUCAAACAGACCAAAAAGAUGCGCCGCGUCAACCACGAGUACCCGGGCAAGAUCUACGGCAUCUCGAAUCGCCGACGACAACAAUUCCCAGCCAUCAUUGAGGUCGUCGAGGCCUUCAUCCGUACCGUUCCACACCUGCGUACCGUCACCUUUUGUGGCGGCUCCAACCGUGAUGGUGCGCUGCUGAUGAAGCUACCCAAGAGCGUUCGGGAAAGCAACCCCCUCGAAGCUCUCGCUGGCUUCCCCAUUCAGGGGACGUCCCCAGAUGGGGCGCUGACCGUCGCUCAGGCGGUGCUGAAGACUCUGUAUGGUGCUGUGCCUGUCAACGUCGACAUCUCGCGCACACCGACCGUGUUCUCGCUUGGCUUGGGGCCGCUUUUCGCGAAGCAGAUAUGGAUUCAUCAGGGUGAGGACGACGACGCGAAUGCUUCGUAUGCGCUGCACGAGACCGUCACGCGGGAUCCCAGCGCGCCCGGGUUGACGCACCUUGCGCGUGCCGUGCUGGGGCUGACGGUCUGCGCGAGAUGGGGGUCGAAUCUGGGACCGAUUGACGCGCAGCUGUAUGGUAAUCUGAAGGGGCUCGUGGCGGAAGCCAAGCCAGAGAGCGUGUUUUGGGCCGAGUAUCUCGGCGCCGUCGCGGCUGUUAUUGUGGAUUUGGUGCCGGCUUGGCCCAGCAGCGUGGAGGAGCUGGAGUCGACUCUAAAAUUCGAGACCACCCAGACAGUGGACCCCGAGAAGAAGCGGGCAAGAAUCGACCUGACCAUCCACGUAGCGCCCGGCGCCACCGUAGGCAUAAAUCCCGAGGACGUUAUGGGCCGGCUGGCGAACGUGGGGAAGAAGCGGAAGGACGGCACGAAGCCGGAGAAGAGGGUCACGGUCAGGAUCCAGGAGAUGAAGUAG